AUGGAAACAAGACAAGACUCCGAAAGAGGCGCCGGCUCAGCGCAGACAUUGGAGGGCAAAAGGUCCGACACGUCUGGCAAAAGCCUGUUUUCUGGUCGAAACCAGAACAGCUGUGCGAGUAUCCGUGUUCCUCAGUGGUUGGGCUUUUUGCUUUUCGAACUACUGUACAGACGGAACGCACGGCUAGCCGUCAACGAAUGCUGGAGGUUAGAGCACGGAGAACUAGGUGGACAGUUGCGCAAGCUGCGCAGGCUGCAGCGCUAUCCCGGCCGGGAUAUGGCAGCUUAG